CCUUCAGCAUCUCAGUUCGUGAUGCUUCUGGCCACGGCUGCUGCUGCAGUCAACGCCGCCGCCGACACUCCCACGGUGACGGCACCUCCGCCGGCGUGUACGGCGACUUCGUCCACCACUGGUGGCUUUUUCGAUCUGCGGCCAGAUACCGCGGUGGUGCCGCCGGAUAAUGGAAAGACGCACAAGUCGGGCAUUUACAAGGACUACCACGCUCGAGGCUGGGACUAUGGCAAGAACUUUACGCUCAACAUCUGCGGCGCGGUGGUUGAUCCUGUUGGUGACGUCGUCGGGGUGAAGGAGAGCCAGUGGGCCAAUAUUAGCGCCUACUACACCUCCCACAACAGCGUCUAUUCAAUUGGGUCGCUGUCGCUGGACUUGCAUAGCCGGGGGAGAAAACUAGUGCUGCAAUACACCGGCGGAUCACCAUGCGGAGAGAGCAAGUCGAGCCCCGAUAACGAUGACGAUUAUGAUUAUGAUAAGCGAAAUUCGAAGAACUAUGACGAAGGCCUUUCAUCGCCUGGCCACGCCCACGCAGUCGAGACGAUUAAUCGCGACGGAAGCAUCUCCAAGGUCAGACGGAAGUCAGCUACAAUUUCUUUCUUGUGCGAUCGGGAUCCCGGGCAGACUACUGCGGUUUCAUUUGUCGGCGUCGAUCCCGAUGAGUGCUCCUACUUCUUUGAAGCCCGAUCCGUGCACGCCUGUGCCCAUGCUGAGCCGCACAAACCCGGCAGCGUGGGGCCCGGCAGCGUGUUCGGGUUGAUUCUUGUCAUUGCCGUGCUUGUGUACAUCCUCGGCGGUGUGUUUUACAAUCGCACGGUUGCGCACGCCCGAGGAUGGCGGCAGCUACCCAACUACAGUCUGUGGGCCGGUAUUGGGAGCUUUUUCAGCGAUAUGUUCAUUAUCUUGUUGUCAUCGUGUGGACGCCUUCUGCCGAGCAGGAGGGGCUACCAGCAUCUUGGUUCUAGCCGGAAUAACGAAGCGGAAAACCGACUGAUAGACCAGCUAGACGAGGAGUGGGACGACUAG